GGUUGUGAUUUUGGAAAUUUGGGUCACCUCUGCUCUGUUGGGCUAACCCUUAUCCGCCUCCAGAGAUGUCUGUUCCCAGAGCCACGUAGGGCCUAGAUUCCCUUGCAGGGACUCAGCUCAGCCCUGAGGGAGUGCUGGUCCCACAGAGCUGGCGUGGCCACACUCAAGUGCCCCUUUCACAGCACAGCACACAGUCUGGCGUGGGCCCAGUGCCACGUUGGCCGGAAGUGGGCUGUUUCUUUCCGAGCUCUGCGUCAUUUCCCGUGGUGGGCUGGGUGGGAGGCACAGGCUGGAGGUUUUCCUACUGAUUCUGUCUACACUGUGAGGUAGCAGGGGGGCACUCCCAGCGCCACCAAUAAAAUGCCUGUUACCUUUCAAAGCAGUGGUCUUUCUGAUGGGGGUCAUGGGGGUGGCUGACUUUUCCUUCGAGUCUGAUAGCGCCGCAGUGUGUUGUCAGGUGGCGGACGCCGUGCCCUCAAAGUGACAGGAGGAAGGGUGGCAUCUGGAGUACAUGCUGGAGGUGGCCGCAGCCAGACCUCCUGGGUUCAAAUCAUGCCUCACCACUUCCGAGCCAGGUGAUUUCCAAAAAGUUCUGUCAUCUCCGUGAACUUUUGUCCAUAAAACGGGGCUAAUUCCCUCUCCUGCACGUGCACACAGGUUAUCGGGAGAAUCGGCUUAUUCUAUAGGUUGUUAGAACAGUGCCAGCCGGAUAAUGAUCAAAAAUGUCACCCGUUUAGCCAUCAUCAUAACCACCGCCGUACGGUGCCGUGGGGGUUUUAUGUGUCACUUUGGCUGGGCCACAGGACUCAGAUACGUGGCCAGACAUUCCAGAUGUUUCCGUGAAGGUGUCUUUUAGACGAGUGGAUUUUAACAAGGAAAAUAAAGGGGCAGGUGGGGAGGGGAGGCUUCACUGUGGCACAGCCCCCGUCCUGGCUCACUCACUCCUAGCUGCCACUGCUCGGUUCCAGAAGCAGCUGGACUCCGGUCAGGGAGUUCACAGGUGGCUGUGCCCAGGGACAAAGGGCAGUGCCUUGAGUGCCCCCGCUGGAGCUCACAGCAGGGAAGGGUGGCAUUUUAUACCCAAGGGAUAAUGUGGGCUCUGUCCAUGUUUUUGAGCAAAUAGUCAAACUUGCUCAAGGUCACACUGAGAUGGAGGCAGAGCUGGCUGAUUCCUGGCUAUGUCCUUGUCUAGCCAGUGUCACCGUGGCUGAUGGAGGUCAGAGAGGCAGGAUUAGCACAGGGUCACAGCUUGCUGCUUUUAAGAAGGUGGGUCUGAACCCCCUGUCCUCCAAGCUCCUCUGCCACUGUCAUUUUACCCUCACCUGGCCCCUCUGCCUCCUUUUGAACUAGGGCAAGACCCCUCGGCCUAGGCCCACCCCCCAGACUCGGGGUUGGUGUUUCUCAGGCACAGUACCUGUCCCUGCUCAGGUGCCUGAGGCCUCUUUGCAUGGCCAGCACACUUAAGUCCCCAUGUCUGCGGUCACCCAAAGAGCCCCUUCAUUUACCUGCGGUGGCCAGGGGCCUAGCCACAGGCAUGGGCUCAGAGCAUGAGCCAUUUGACUGAGGCCGGAUGUCCCUGCCACCGCCAUCCUACGGGUUGCCAGCCAAGCAUGCACUAAGGAAAUAAGAGGCCACCUGUGCCAGCUGCUGGUCACCAGGCCCAUCCAGAGUCCUAGGGGAUGGCAGGCAGGGUGCGGCCAGCCCUCCUGGAAUCCCAUCUCUAUUUUCAUUAAAUCCCCUUCCUCGCCCCAUCGUUGUAACCACUAUGCAUUCUGCUUAGAGACUAGGCUUGCCUGGACCAGGCUCUGUGCCUGGACCAGAGCUGAGUGCUUUAGCUCCCUCAUCCUCAUGGCGGUGCUGUACAGUGUCCUGUUGCUCCCAUUUAACAGAUGGAGAAACUGAGGCAAGACAGGUUAGUGAGUACACUAGUAGGAAAAUGACCAGCCCCAUCUCCAGCUGCCCCAGGCCAUUGGCACCGCCACCAAACAGCUGCAGGGCCAGCCUGGGACUAGAAUCCCUGCCCUGACCCCUCUUUGCUGUUCCUUGACCUCCCAGCUUCAGUGUUGACAUUUCUUGGGGAGCUCAGUUCAAACAAAAUAUUUUAAAACGGCCUCCCUAGUGCCCAUCAUCCGAGCUCCCUCUGGCCAACUUGGGGGCCACCUGGUUCCCAGCCCUCCCUGGGAGGCACCGCUUGCCCGUCUUCUGCACCCCAAGUCAGACGAGUCUGGGUCUGCAGCCACCCAGGUCCAUCUGGGGGCAGAGAAGCCAGCAGGCAGAGACAGCAGAGCAGGGGGUGCAGCUGCCAGGCCCUGCCCAGGCUGAAGUCCCAUCCACCCACAGGGCCCAUGGAGGAAGGCAGCCCAGGGCAGCCCUGUUCCUUUCCCCAAGCAGACGCCCAGGCAAAUGGGCAGCCCCUUGACCUCACCGAGUGCUUUGCAUAAAUCUGUCCUGGCUCACUGUCAUCUUGGAACCAGUGGGCACACAGGUGUGAGGUUGGGCCGCGGGUGACAGCUGUGUUAGCCCACCUGGGGCCAUGUGCCACGCGUGGGACACUAAGGACCGUCACGGUGACACAGUGCUCAGCUGUUUGUCUUCUGGGUGGCCAGUAGGAGGACUCUGGAUGGUGUCCCAGCAUAGACUGGACAAGCUCCAAGGUUUAUGGCAGGUGGAGCCUGGUGACAGCUCGUGUGUUGUGGGUGUGGCACGCAGGGCUUCCUCAGGAUUGCAGCAGGGGCCUUGCUGGAAGUGCUAAGCACUGAGUUCAUUUGACAAAGAGGGAGACUGAGGCCGUGAAAAUGGAAGUGACUCCCCCAUGGGCUGCCCGCCCUUGGGCCGAGCUGGACUGGAAGCCUGGGUCGGGCUGCCUGUCUGCCCCCUCACUUUGCCGAGAGGCCGUCCCAACAUAAUCCUGCUUGACUUUAUGAGAGUGGAGGGGAAACCAAGCUGCUUUUCUGGACUUUGGGUGACUGCCCACUGCACGAAUGGCUUUCCGUGCUGUUCUGGUUCUCCAGCCCCUCUGCACACCCUGAGCUGGGUGACAUCCAGCCUGGUUAAUCUAGAUGCUCUGUCUCUCCCCAUACCCUUACCUCAUGCCUUGGGUCACCUGGCUUUCCCAGGAGGCUCAGCGUGGCCCAUGGCUGCCCAGCUCUAGCAGCCUCUGCCCCCUCUUCAGAGCCCACAAAGGCAGUUCCUGUGGCUACCCUGGAAACUGUCUUUCCCCAGCACCUUAGCCUUAGGUGGAACCCACAUGGUGAGGGCUGCGGUGCCCCCAGCCCCAUGGUGGGACCUGUGGUGCCACCUCCUGCAGGUGAACACCCUGUGGUCACACAACGUGCAGUUUGGGACUUGGGCAAUCCGUGCUUACCUUCUGUCUUCACCACCAUUAGCUAUGUCACUCGCAAGUCCUUUAAGCUUUCUGAGCCUGUUUCCUCCUCUUUAAACUGGAAGUAACCAUGGCAACUUUGCAGGGGCAUGGUAAACCGGUGAUGUAAGGUACAUGAAAUAUCUAGCCCGAGGCAUGGCCUCUAACACCUGUUGGGGACAUUGCUGUCCGUUGUUACAGCUCCUCAGCCCCUGGGGUGUCUGUCAGGGCAGGGACUGUGUGCUGGAUGCCCCUAGAAUGCCCCCUCAGGAAGAUCCUGCAGGGACCACGGUCCAAAGAGGCCUGCGGGGGCUGUGGUCUGGAGCACACGAGACAGGGUACAGCUGGAUGAGGGCAUCCAGGAAGGGCAGGAUGAAUCGCCGCUGAGGUCUUGAAGGCCAAGCCCAGGGCUCGGACUUGGUCCAGGCCUGGCGGGAGGGAGUUCGAGAAGGGCAGAGUAGAGGAGCAAUAGGCUGGCUUGAAACAGAUGGAGCAGUCCAGGAAGGAGGUAAAGGGAUCUGGGCUUGGGGUGGGGCCUGAAGAGACCAGAGGCAGAGGUGAGUUCGAGGUAGAACUGCAGAGUGGCUUCCCCAUAGUAUAGAUGAGGAAACAGGCCCAGAGAAAAGAGCACCAGGCCAGAACCCACGCCUUCAAAUGUCUCAUGCGGGGCUCUUCCUGGUUUUAUGGGGUCCCCUGCUGGCUUACAUAGGCCUACAGAAGGGCAGGGACACCAAGGUUAACUAGCAAGUGUUGAGUCUUUUCCACUGCCCAAGAAGCCUCUAGUGGUUGCUGUAAAUGUCCAUAGGGGGUCUGCACCCCAAAAAGGGCUGGGGCAAGACGGGUGCUCCCCAUCUCCAGAGCUGAUGAAGGCGUCCGACCCACUGGGGCACGGAGGGUCAGUUGAGUUGGUGCGGAACCGGUGGUAUUCCCGGGGUGGUUCAUCUUGCUACAGGAAGGGCCGAUCGUCCCCCUUCUCCAGGGCUCUCUCACCCUGCCGUUUGCACCAAACCCGGGAGGCUGGAGUCAUGGGCAGAGGGGAGCCUGGGGGUUUCAGGGAUCUCUUUGUCACCUGGAGGCCUCCACCCAUCAGCACCUGCACCCUGGAGCUGGGGACAGGCUGGCAACAGCCACCUUAGCUGGGCUGUGUAUAGCAGGUCCCCUGAGACCUCUGCUUCAUUGCACAUCUGGGUUGGAAAGGGUCAGAGCAGCGUUAGGGAAGUGCAGGUCUCUGAUUCCAGUGGCCCCUCGUCCCUCCAGACCUUGGGCAGACAACUUUAAGAGUCUUCACUUUUCCAUUUUGCAGAUGCCCCUGCCCCCUGGCACCAAGUCAAGGUGAGUCUGUGGCGGGGCUCACACCCCAGAGCUGACAGCCGUUUAGGCCGCCAGGUGGCAGCAGGGAGGCCUCUGUCCCCACGGCCACCCCACACUCUCACUGCUGCCGUUGCUUUACAUGGAAAGACAUGGCCCUGUGGUGUCGGGUGACCUGGCCACCAGACCACAUCCCAGCGGUGCGAGCGGGGCACAUGGCUCGGUUUCUUAACUUCUCAGGGCUUCGGUGUCCCCAUCCUGAAAUGAGGCUUGGCCAGAGUCACAGAUAUUGGGAGCAGUGAGUGACACGGUGGGUGACAAGCCCUCAGCUGAUGCCUGGUUCCUGUUGGCCACACUCUUUGGACACCGAAUGUGCCAGGUGCCACAUGAACGUCACGCCGUGGGCCCCGCGGUUGGCUCCAGAGCUGCGGUCUGCUACCCACUCGGUCUCCUGGAAACACCCGUGUCCUCACUUCUGAAAUGUCGAUUGUCCGGACAGGGAGCCCAUUCCUGACCAAGGGGUACAAGGCUAAGGUGUGGCUGGGCAGCAGAUUGCUCUCUCCCUCCAAACAAGGUUCUGCUCCCAGGCCACCAGGCCCCGUGCUCUCCCAGGAAAGAGCAUGCGGGCUCCUUCCGGAUCCACCUGUCCCAGGUGCCUCCCGUCAGUGGCAGGGCCGUCCCCUAUGUAAAUGCCUAUGCAAAUGCCCUGGUGUCAAAUCACCUGCUCUCCAGGGAGGCAGGCCACCCCCCGACACACUGUCACUUCACAGCCAUGGGGCUCCAGACAAGGAUGCCCUGGGCCCCGUUCCUUCUGCUUCAGGUCCUGGCCGGGAAAGCUGAGAAGGCUGAGAACUUGGACUUUUUCCUGCCUGGCGAUUACCUCCUGGGUGGCCUCUUUACCCUCCACGCCAACCCUCAGGGCGUUUCUCACCUCACCGUCCUGCAGGUUCCCAAGUGCCAGGAGUACGACAUGAAGGUGCUGGGCUAUAGCCUCAUGCAGGCCAUGCGCUUUGCGGUGGAGGAGAUCAAUAACCACAGCAGCCUACUGCCUGGUGUGCAGCUGGGCUAUGAGAUCGUGGACAUCUGCUACCAAACCAAUAAUGUCCAGCCUGUGCUCUACUUCCUGGCCAAGACGGACUACUUCCUGCCCAUCAACAGGGAUUACAGCAACUAUGUGCCUCGUGUGGUGGCUGUCAUUGGCCCUGACAACUCUAAAUCCACCAUAACGGUAGCCAACUUCCUCUCCCUCUUUCUCCUUCCACAGAUCUCCUACAGCGCCGUCAGCGACCAGCUGCGUAACAAGCAGCGCUACCCGGCCAUGCUGCGCACCAUGCCCAGCGCCACCCACCACAUCGAGGCCAUGGUGCAGCUGAUGCUUCACUUCCACUGGAACUGGAUCGCCGUGCUGAUGAGCGACGACGACUACGGCCGCGACAACAGCCAGCUGCUCCGAGACCGCCUGACCCGCAACAACGACAUCUGCAUCGCCUUCCAGGAGGUGCUGCCCACGCCGCAGCCCGAGCAGGUGCUGUUCUGGAACGUCACCGACAUGGUGUGGAUCGCCUCCGAGUCCUGGGCCAUCGACCCGGUCCUGCACAACCUUACCGGCCUGCGGAACACCGGGACCUUCCUCGGCGUCACCAUCCAGGAGGUGCCCAUGCCUGGCUUCAGCGAGUUCCGCGUGCGCCGCCCCAGGACCCCGCCCGCUCAGCCUCCGAACAGGAGCAGCCCGCGGGGCACCUGCAACCAGGAAUGCGACGCCUGCUUGAACAUCACCAGGUCCUUCAACACCAUCCUCACGCUCUCCGGGGAGCGCGUGGCCUACUGCGUGUACUCGGCCGUCUAUGCCGUGGCGCACGCCUUGCACAGCCUCCUGCACUGCGGCCCUCUUUACUGCACCAAGAAAGCCGUCUAUCCUUGGCAGCUGCUGAAAGAGAUUCAGAAGGUCAACUUCCCCCUCCUGGGCAACCAGAUCUUUUUUGACGAGCAAGGGGAUGUGCCCCUGCGCUUGGACAUCGUCCAGUGGCAGUGGUACCAGAGCCAGAACCCUUUCCAGAGCGUCGCCUCCUUUGACCCCGUACGGCAGCAGCUGAAGGUCAUUGGCAACAUCUCCUGGCACACCCACGACAACAGGAUCCCCACAUCCAUGUGCUCCAAAAAGUGCCAGGUGGGACAGAUCAAGAAGAGCGUGGGCAUCCACCCCUGCUGCUUUGAGUGCAACGACUGCCUGCCAGGCACCUUCCUCAACCAGACCGCAGAUGAAUACGAGUGCCAGCCCUGCCCGAGCACCAUGUGGUCCAACAGGAAGGACACCUCCUGCUUCAAGCGGAAGCUGGCCUUUCUCGAGUGGCACGAGGCGCCCACCAUCACUGUGGCCGUGCUGGCUGUCCUGGGCUUCCUCAGCACGUUGGCCGCCCUGGUCAUAUUCUGGAGGCACUUCCAGACGCCCAUGGUCCGCUCGGCCGGGGGCCCCAUGUGCUUCCUGAUGCUGAUGCCUCUGCUUGUGGCCUUUGGGAUGCUGCCCGUGUACGUGGGGCCGCCCACGGUCCUCACCUGUGUCUGCCGCCAGGCUUUCUUCACGCUCUGCUACUCCGUGUGCAUCUCCUGCAUCACCGUGCGCUCCUUCCAGAUCGUGUGCAUCUUCAGGAUCGCCAGCUACCUGCCCCGUGCCUAUGGCUUCUGGGUCCGCUACCACGGGCCCUACGUCUCCGUGGCGGUCAUCACAGCACUCAAGGCGAUGCUCGUGGCAAGCAACAUGAUGACCACCACCAUCAACCCCAUGGGCCACCCCGACCCCGAAGACCCCAACAUCAUGAUCCUCUCCUGCCACCCCAACUAUCGCACUGGGCUGCUGCUGAACUCCAGCAUGGACUUGUUCCUCUCCAUGGUGGGCUUCGUCUUUGCCUACUUGGGCAAGGAGCUGCCCACCAACUACAACGAGGCCAAGUUCAUCACGCUCAGUAUGACCUUCUCCUUUACCUCCUCCAUCUCCCUCUGCACCUUCAUGUCUGUCUACAACGGGGUCCUGGUCACCAUCAUGGACUUCUUGGUCACCGUGCUUAACUUCCUGGCCAUCAGCUUGGGGUACUUCGGCCCCAAGUGCUACAUGAUUCUCUUCUACCCCGAGCGCAACACGGCAGCCUACUUCAACAGCAUGAUCCAGGGCUACACCAUGAGGAAGGACUAGUGCCACCCUCUCGCGCUGGGACGGAGCCCUCGUGCCCAGAGCAGGGUCAGGGCCUCGCACAUUCAACUCUAAAGGAACGGGCACAGGGUGGUCACCCCUGGCGUCCCCACUCGUCCUUCCGUCUGGCAUUCCUCUGAGGUUCUCUGCAGCCACUUUUUACUAAAGUGACGGAUGCCUAAAAAUAGCCACACUCUGUUCUUCUCCCUCGAGGGGUCUCUCUCGCUGGGUGCUGCCGCCCGCUUUGGGAGGAGAUGCGGCCAGGACAGUCUGAUUGAAGAGCCUAUAGUCGCCGCCUGGUGGUCACAGGAGGCACCUGCAGUCCCAGCUCCUCCCCUUCCCGCGUGUGAGCUGGGAGCGCGCCACCAUCUCUCGCUUCUGUGUCUCCUUUCUCCUUCCCAAAGAGCUCGGUCCCAGGCCUCUGUGUUUCCAUGAGUAGGUGGGUAAGCACGGGGACGCUUCUUAAGUGUGAGUGAAUAAACUUGCUUGGGUAAAAUGAAUGACCUUCCUUCUGGCUGUCCGAGUGCCCCGGGAAGGGACGUGCGGGAUCCGAGGAGCCUCCGUCUCCGUCCCAGCACCGCCCUUCCACGCUGCGUGACCUCUGCCAACUGUUUACAGCCCCACGCCUGUACUUCCCUGGCUCUGAAGCGGUCUCCUCACAGGACCGGAGACCGUGUGCUGAAACGCGUACGGUAGGGACUCGGUAGAGGCCAACUGGGAGCCCACGUGCCUGCGACAGCCCCAGCCUGCAGCUGCGGCCUCCUCUGGGAAUCGGCCUUCCCACGACCUGUGUGCCCGCACCGACCCUGGCAGGAACAGCUUCGUAGGCAGCUGGAAGGGCAGGGCUGCCUCCUCCUGGCCUCAGUUUACCCUUUUCGCACUUCCAGGCAGUGGGUGGUGGGCUCUGGCUUGACUCACCUGCUGC